GAGUUGUAGGUCAGGUCCACUAAACUUUAUUUGUAAAUUUGCUUGCAUUUCAUCUUGACGUUUUUGUGGAGACUAGAUAUUAUUUUGAUGUAUUUUGCAGUGUUGGUGAGAAAGCAAAUAAUUUUAUUAGCAUUUCUGCCGUCUUCCCACUCCCCUUGGUGUGAAUUCCCCUUACCAUGCUGCAUUAUUGUCACCUUGAAAUUUCAUCUGCUAUUUUCCAAUUAAAAGCUUAAUAGCCCUGGAAACGGAGUUCAUGUGGUGAAGUUUACCGUGGCCCCCAGUUCUUAAAGUUGUGCUGCCGAGAUCCCAUUACGUGCUUGAAUAAACCCAUUUAGGAACAGAAACGGGACUCGAGGGUGCCCGGUGUUGAGUUUCACUGGACUUUAAAAGCGAUGGGCAUCAUUUUAAGAAAGGUGUGCUGCAAUUUACACCCCACAUCGCGCGCCAAAUUGAGUUAAAAUCCCAGGUUAUGCAUGUUUAUUGUGUGCAGAAAACUAAAUAGGCCAGUUUAAUGAAGAUGUCAUUCUCUAAUUCAUCGGAUCCUUUCAUAGCUCAUUUGGUAGCGGUCCAAAUCAUAUUGCUCAAUUAACUCUUGCAGCAUGUCGGACUAUUCAACAUUUUUCAUGGGAAUAAGUGAAGAGCUCAUUCAAAUGCAAACCAGCAUAUUGUUGUCGCCUGUGUUUAAUUCGGAUUCACAGCGUGCGGUUAAACUAAAUACCAACGUGGUUUCAGGAUUUUGGUGAAAAGCUCACAGCAGUUAUGUGAAUUAUUUUCCCCGCUUAAUUCUUGAAAUUGCAGCAUUCGUAAGAUCCUCUUAUGCUACUUCAAUGUCAAACAACAGUCAGGUAUUUUGGUAUAUUUCAUACUUAAUUUUUUAAGCAAAUGCCUACAGAUAGAUGUAGGCUACGUGUAAUCUAUUUAGUGAAUUAAUUUAUUAAUUGUGCAGAUGUUUUACUAAAAAUGAAAACAAACAUUAAUAUGAAAUACUUUGUAUUAAAAUCCCAAAUGUCAGUAUUGGUUUAAAACGCAAAAGUCGUGCAUUCAUGCAGCGCUGCUCGUGACAGUGAUGUAAAAAGUUACUCGUUUCUAUUAGUGUGGUGUCAGAUGGCCUUAUGCACUUCUUUAUUGCUGAGGGAAAGGUGGAUCCACGACUCUUAAAGAGUCAACACCUCUCAUCACGAGUGUAGCGAGAAUCAGAGGGGCUUGAUCUCUUACCUACUUGACAGCACUCUUCCUCUCCACCUUAUCUGAUGCACUUGCGCCUCUGCCACCUCUGUAAACGACUUGAGAAAUGAAUGGCUACGGAUCACCCUACCUCUACAUGGGGGGCCCGGUGUCCCAGCCAAGAGCGCCCCUCCAGAGGACGCCCAAGUGUGCCCGCUGCAGAAACCACGGCGUGCUGUCCUGGCUGAAAGGGCACAAGCGUUACUGCCGAUUUAAGGACUGCACUUGUGAAAAAUGUAUUCUUAUUAUCGAGCGACAGCGGGUCAUGGCGGCUCAGGUGGCGCUGAGACGGCAGCAGGCGAACGAGAGUUUGGAGAGUUUGAUCCCGGAGUCUCUGCGUGCGCUGCCCGGCAUCACGGUGGGAAGCGGAGAGCAGAGCGCAAACCCACGAACCAGCGAGAUAGACCUGCGCUGGAGCACAGAUACUGUGACCCCUAAACCAUCUCAAGAGCUAAACGAUGACUUGUCUGGUGAGCAGUCAGGUGGAGAGAAUGGUGGCAGUGCCAGUGACAGAGAACCAGAACCGGCCAGUUCACCUGAGGAAUCCAAGCCCAACCUGUGCUGUACCCCUGACACCUCAGACCCAACUCCCCAGCCAGAGGAGUCUCGCUUUGGGCUGUCGAAAUCCUGCACUGACCCAGAACCCAAAGCCGACAACCCCAAAUACUCCCCAGAGCCGAACCUCCUCAUUGAAGGUCUCUCGGGCUCAGUAUCACUCCCUUUCAGCCUGCGGGCCAAUCGACCUCCACUAGAGGUUCUGAAGAAGAUUUUCCCUGCCCACAAACCUGCAGUUCUGGAGUUGAUCCUGAAAGGCUGUGGUGGGGACCUGGUUGGCGCCAUCGAGAUCCUCCUCUCCAGCCGUUCUACAAUGAAACCGGAAAAGAUCUUGUCUGAGAACACUGAUGCUCUUGUCCUUCCUUCAAACGGUCACCUGUUUGAGCACCCGUUGAGCUCCUACCCAGUCUCUUCUUCUAAGUGGUCUGUCGGUUCGGCCUUUCGUGUUCCAGAUUCCCUGCGCUUUUCCUCCGAGUCCUCAGGUGGAGUAGCUGGCCCUCUUGGCAUGCCACUGCAGCACGGCUUCCCCCAGCCACCUCGAUACCCUCUCAUGCUGAGAAAUUCAUUAAGCAGGGGCCAGGCUGGGCCCUUCAUGCACAAUGAUGUGACUCUGUGGAAUACCAUGACAUUACAGCAACAGUAUCAGCUGCGCUCACAGUACGUCCCCCCGUUCUCCGGCCCUUCAGCCGGAGUGAUACGCAGCUCGCCGCUCAUUACCAGCAGGCCCACCGAGGAGCAUCGCAUCAGCAUCCAGGAGGAGAACUGCCCUGUCAUUACCAAACAGAGCAUGUAUGCAGCAGAUGAGGAGUACGAUGAAAGAUCUGACUCCUCAGACUCCAGGAUCCUGAAUACCUCCUCGUAACUUCCACACACCAGCAGAUCCAACAGGAAGUCGAAAAAAAGCACUGAACUGGGUUCUUGAGAUGAUGUAAAAGUGACAUUGCUAUUCUAGGAGCUUAAUAAAAGAGAUACAGUGUAUUGCUUGAGGAAUUCUACCAGAUUUGAGGUUGAUGUGCCAACUUAUUCAUGUGUGGAAUACAGUAGCUUCAUUUUUGGAAAAAAUCAUUAAGGUAGUCUACUAUUAUUUGACCAAAAAGUCUAUUAAUAUAUGGUUAAUGAUGAUCUCUGUUUCCACUUUGCAUGAAAUGUACUGUUAAUAGCAAUUUAAUGUAGAAUUAAUCCAUCAGUCCUGCAUGUAAAAGUAUGGCAAAUAAACCCUCCAUGAACUGUUAUUAUUGUGGAUAACUGAAUC